AUGUCUCUGAACGCAGAUAGUGCUUUUCAAGACCUGAAGAAGUAUUUUGAUGAACAUGGAAAAAAGCUUAAAUUAGUUGAGCUUUUCAAAAAUGACCCGCAGCGUUUUGAAAAACUUAGUUUGAAGCUUGAUGUACCGAAUGGACAAAUAUUGUUCGACUAUUCAAAAAAUCUUGUUGAUGAAGAGUUGAUGGCGAAAUUGUUCGCAUUGGCUCGUUCUCGUCACGUAGAAGACAUGCGUAAAGCUAUGUUCACUGGAGAAAAGAUUAAUUUUACAGAGGACCGUGCAGUGCUUCAUACGGCCUUACGAAAUGUGAAGAACCGACCUAUUACUUUGGGGUCGCAAAACGUGACUGAAGACGUUAAUAAAGUUUUGGCUCACAUGAAGCAGUUUUGUGAUCAAGUUAUUGGUGGCGAGUGGAAAGGAUAUACCGGUGAAAAAAUAACAGAUGUUGUCAAUAUUGGUAUUGGAGGAUCAGACUUGGGUCCACUGAUGGUGACUGAAGCUUUACGUCAUUACCAAGUAGGACCUAAAGUGCACUUUGUUUCGAAUAUCGAUGGAACUCAUCUUCAUGAGGUUUUGAAAAGAGUUAGACCAGAAACUACAAUCUUUAUUAUUGCGUCAAAAACGUUUACUACUCAAGAAACUAUCACGAAUGCUGAGUCAGCUAAGGAGUGGUUUCUAGCAGCAGCAAAGAAACCCGAAGCUGUAGCUAAACAUUUCGUCGCUCUGUCCACGAAUGCACCGAAGGUUAAGGCUUUCGGUAUCGACGAGGCAAAUAUGUUCGCAUUUUGGGAUUGGGUUGGAGGCAGAUAUUCACUUUGGUCAGCAAUUGGUCUCUCGAUAGCAGUACAUAUUGGCUUUGAAAAUUUCCAUAGCCUUCUUGAAGGUGCCAAUGCUGCAGAUGAACAUUUUGUCGAAAGUCCGUUGGAAAAAAAUAUACCAGUCAUUAUGGGUCUUCUCGGGAUUCUUUAUAUCAAUCUGUAUAAUGCAGAAACACACGCUUUGCUACCAUACGAUCAAUAUAUGCAUCGGUUCGCUGCUUAUUUCCAGCAAGGUGAUAUGGAGAGUAACGGUAAAUUUGUUACCAGGGACGGGGUCCAUGUUGAUUAUUCUACUGGACCGAUCGUUUGGGGAGAGCCUGGAACAAAUGGCCAGCACGCUUUUUAUCACUCUUCUUGUUUUUUUUUAGGGACGAGAUUGAUACCUGCAGAUUUUAUUGCCCCGGUGAACAGCCUUAAUCCUAUUAGGAAUAACCUACACCAUAAUAUUUUGCUUUCCAACUUUUUGGCUCAAACUGAGGCAUUGAUGAAAGGAAAGACUGAAGAAGAAGCAAAGAAGGAAUUGAUGGCUUCCGGUAUGCAGGAAGAACAAAUGAAAAAGAUUUUCCCACAUAAGAUGUUUGAAGGCAACCGGCCUACCAGUUCAUUUCUACUGACAAAGAUAACUCCAUCUACACUAGGUGCUUUGAUAGCACUCUAUGAGCAUAAGAUAUUCGUUCAAGGCGUUAUUUGGAAGAUCAACAGUUACGACCAAUUCGGUGUUGAACUUGGUAAGCAGCUAGCAUCUAAAAUUUUGCCAGAAAUUACUACGACUACUCCGGUUAGCACCCAUGAUGCUAGUACAAAUGGACUGAUGAACUACAUAAAGUCCCACCGUUCUUGA